AAGGAACCAGUCCAGGGGCUUCCUGCUGCCCCAGGGACGAGCUGGCUGAACGAUGGCCCAGGGGACAGUGGUCCAUGUGUCCCCAGAGCAGCCCACCUAUGCUGUAUGUGUGCUGGGCACCGAGACGCAGCUGGAUGUCUACGGCUCCGCCCCCGAGGGCUGCACGAGCUUCGGCAUCCGCGCCUCCCCAGGAGUGGUCGUGGACGUCACCCCCAGCCCUCCAGCCAAGAGGAAUCCCACAGGUUCCUCCAAGUGGCCGCUGGCCCCCGGGCUGGAGGUGAGCCUGGGGGUGAAGGCCGCCAGCAGCAGCACAGGUGACCAGAAGGUUCAGAUUUCAUACUACGGACCCAAGACCGACCCAGUCCAAGCCCUGCUCUACGUCACCGGGGUGGAAAUCUCCCUGAGCGCGGACAUCAGCCGCACUGGCAAAAUGAAGCCGACCAAAGCCAAGAAAAACCAGAGGACCUGGACCUGGGGCCCCCGCGGGCAAGGCGCCAUCCUGCUGGUGAACUGUGACAAAGACAAUCCGAAAUCUCCCUCCAUGGACUGCAUGGAUGGUCGGGUGCACGACAGGGAAGACCUGCAGGACAUGUCCCUGGUGACCCUGACCACAAAGACCCCCAAGGACUUCUUCGCCAACCAUCAGCUGGUGCUCCACGUGGCCAAGUCCGAGAUGAACAAAGUGCGAGUGUUUCAAGCCAGUUGGGGCAAACAGCCCUCCGGGUACCGGGCGAUCCUGGGGCCCCUGCAGCCCUCCCACGCCCUGCAGCUUCCGGGCGGCCAGCACAGCACGGACUUCUUCGUGGAGGGCCUCGCGUUCCCGGACGCCAACUUCCCGGGCCUCGUUUCCCUCACCCUCUCCCUGCUGGACACGUCCAACCCGGAUCUCCCCGAAGCCUUGGUGUUCCAAGAUAGUGUGGUCUUCCGCGUGGCCCCCUGGAUCAUGACGCCCAACACUCAGCCCCCAAAGGAGGUGUACGUGUGCAGGAUAUUUGACAAUGAGGACUUCGUGAAGUCAUUGACUGACUUGACCAAGAAAGCCAAGUGCAAGCUGACCGUGUGCCCCAUGGAGGAGAGCAUGGAGGACCAGUGGAUGCAGGACGAGAUCGAGAUUGGCUACAUCCAAGCCCCACACAAGACGAUGCCCGUCGUCUUCGACUCUCCAAGGAACAGGGGCCUGAAGGAGUUUCCCAUCAAGUGCCUGCUGGGUCCGGAUUUUGGCUACGUGACUCGAGGCCCCCAAACAGGGGGCGUUAGCGACCUCGACUCCUUUGGGAACCUGGAAGUGAGCCCCCCAGUCACAGUGGGCAGGAAGAGAUACCCGCUGGGCCGGAUUCUCAUCGGGGACAGCAGUUACCCCAGCGCCACGAGCCAGGAGAUGCACCAGGCCUUGCAGGACUUCCUCGCUGCCCAGAAGGUGCAGGCCCCUGUGAAGCUCUUCUCCGACUGGCUGCUUGUGGGCCACGUGGACGAGUUCCUGAGUUUCGUUCCAGCGCACAAGAAGGGCUUCCGGCUGCUCCUGGCCAGCCCCAGGUCCUGCUACAAACUGUUCCAGGAGCAGCUGAAGGCGGGUCACGGCGAGGCUGUGCUGUUCAAGGGCAUCUCCAAAAAAAAACAGCUGACACUAAAGGACAUUCUGUCAAACAAGAAGUUGAGAGAACAUAACUCCUACGUGGAGAGCUGCAUCGACUGGAACCGGGAGGUGCUGAAGCGGGAGCUGGGGCUGACGGAGCGGGACAUCGUGGAAUCCACAGCUCUUCAAGCUCCGUGCCGACAUCUCCGGGGCCUUCAAGGCCGAAGCCUUCUCACAAACAUGGUGAACAUGCUGGUGCUGGGCAAGCACCUGGGCAUCCCCAAGCCCUUCGGGCCCAUCAUCCACGGCCGCUGCUGCCUGGAGGAGAAGGUGCGGGCGCUGCUGGAGCCGCUGGGCCUCUGCUGCACCUUCAUCGACGACUUCCACGCCUACCACCUGCGGCACGGCGAGGUGCACUGCGGGACCAACGUGCGCAGGCAGCCCUUCUCCUCCAAGUGGUGGCACAUGGUGCCCUGAGCCUGUCCGCCCCCCCCCCCCACCCCCAGCGUCUUCUCCCUUGGGAAGCCCCUGGCCCCCUGCAGCGGGGCACAGCAAGAGCGCUUGGGGACACUUCGGCCCCCCGGGGGUGGCCGCCUUCCAGGCAGAGGCUUGCUUGCUUCCCCCGAGUCCCCUCUGAAGAUCCCCCAAGAUGGUCCCGGCAUCGCGAACUCAGUUCUGCUGUGAGAAGCUGCAAUAAAGCUUUAUAAUCCCACGU